AUCAAUGUUUACACGAUGCUCAGCUGCAAGAUUUAAGAAACUGUGCAACCGAUUACCAGAGGCAAAAAUUCAAGCCAUAAGAGACCUCCAAUUUGGAGGUCUAUUAAACUUAAACUGCACAGAGGUGCGCCACAACCUCUGUAUCUUUCUAAUCCAACAUUUCAAUGUUGGAUUUAGACGGAUAGAGUUCUCAGCCCAGAAACACUAUCCUGUUACAGCCACCGAUGUUGGCCUCAUUUUGGGCCUCCCAACAGAAGGACGGAAUUUGCAGGUGACCUCUACAUCAUCAGAUCAUCCAUUUGGGCCUAUUCGGGCAUGCGAGGAGAAACUCCUAGACUUACCUGUAGGUGAGGAGUUCCGUAGAGCAUUCAUUUACUACGCAUGUGCCACAUUGUUGGCCCCCACGUCUAGGCUCAAUGGUUGCCGUAACUUGUGGCAUACCAUCCAUGAGGAUGGAUUCCGAAAUGAUGUUAAUUGGGCCCAGUUUGUGCUUGACCAACUGGUUGAGGGAAUUAGGCGAUACCAACAAUCUAAGACCUCUUGGGUACAUGGCUGCGUUUUAUUUCUUCAGCUGCAUUAUGUCAUUAAAUUCCAAAUUCCUUUAGUCCAAGUCCCCAUUACAGUGCCCCCAACAUUGGCAUGGACUGAUGAUUUGAUUAAGGGACGACUAGUCGCUGAGAUAAAGGAGUUUGGAGCAUUCGGACAUGCUGAGAUUGAUUUUAGAUCUCCAACCGUAGAGAGAACUCCGGAGCCAGAGACUAAUGUGGACCAUGACACAAAUGUUGAUGCUGAAAAUAGUGAUGAAAUAUGGCAUCAAUAUCAUGAUGCAGAACGCGCAAUCGACCAAUAUCAACGGGGCAUUCAGCAGCAGCUGAGAAUAAUGUGUGGCCUUAUGCAUAAGUUAGGGACUCGCAGACAUAGUGGGGUAAAUUCAGCUGCGGGGGGUCACUCUAGCUAUGCACCAGCCAGCACUCCCACAGCCGAUGACCAUGCAUUUCCUGGUGAUGAGUACAUGGCUUCGCAUGCUGCAUACCAUGUGCUAGACACACCAGAUCGCGUUGUCGCCCCUGAGUAUGAGUUGCAGCCCAGUGUACCCAUUAAUGUUGUAAGCGAUGGUGAAGAACAACCAGAAGGUAAUGUUGUCCCCACAAAUAGAAACGUCCGGAGACGUCGAGUGCGUCGCAUGGCUCCAAACCUGUUGUCCCCAUACAUAUCCCAACCACAAACGAAACAAUCUGCCAUCAAAAUCGACCUAAAACAAGGAGCUGCACUGGUAUUUGGAGACGAUUUGGAUGCAAGUGAGGAACUAGUGUCUAUGCAUGACACUAUCCUAACCAGAGGCAAUUUGGGCUGCUUCCAAGGGAAUGGGUGGAUAGGAAACGACGUCGUCGAUGCCUACUGUAGAUUGUUGCAGUAUCAACAUGAACCGAAGUCGAAACUUUUUCUAUCCCCCUACAUAGCUGAAAUGGUAAUCCACUCCCAGGCAAAACACUUAGUUAGGGAGGCAGUUAUUGGACGCUUUGAACCACAUCUGUAUCAUAUUGAUAUUCCAUAUGUCAAUGUUAACGAGGUCUUCUUACCGGUUCUCAUAAAGAACCAUUGGACAUUGUAUGUAUAUGACCUAGAAAACAGGAGAAUCCAACUGCUAGAUUCUCGUCCUGGUAGAAAGAAGACAAUGUUGAGUGGAGUCCAACAAAAUCUGGCCAAGGUUGUCCUGUGGUUGGCUGCCCACAAAAAAGAGGUAUCACCUUAUGAUUUGAGGACAUUCAAUUUCAUAACACCUGAUGUACCCCUCCAAACUAAUGAGCACGAUUGCGGAGUUUUUGUAAUGAAAUUCAUGGAAUUGUGGUCAAUGGGGGGGUUCUCCAAAUCAAUCAAUGUGGGGAAAUUGAAACAUUACAGGUUGAAGAUCAUGGGGAGUAUGUUGUUCUCAGCACAAAAUGCACACUGA